AGCAGUUUGCAUAGAUCAACUGGAUGUUUAGCAUGCUGUAUGCAUGUGUACAAUUUUGAAUAUUUUUCCAUUUGGAGUACAACAGUCAUGCACUGUCUGUCUGGCAGAUGUGUAUGACUGCAGACCUGUUUUAAAAAUAUAUGUUACAAUUUCCCUUGUACAGUCAUCAAUUCCCACUAUGUUUGUAUCCGUCUAAACUGUGCAAAGAUUCAGUUCCUGAAAUGCUUACUUCUUCUUUCUGAUGCUCUACCAUCUGGACAAGAAACUGUGGAAAAGGAUAGCUACGUGUUUAUGAGCAGUGUGCUCUCUUCUCUCUUUGUGAAAUUCAAGUGUUCUGCUGCCUCCAACUUCACUGCAAAUAUGGAUCAAGUCAUGACAACCACAGCAGAUUACUGGGAGGAUAUUUAUUAUGACGACAAUAACACGCUGCCCCCUGAAACCAGUGGAGUUAUUGCAGCCCCAUGUUUACAGGAGGACAUCUAUGGUUUUGCACAGAAGUUCUCCCCUGUUGUAUACAGCCUGGUGUUUGUCUUGGCUGUUAUAGGCAAUGUGCUGGUGCUGUGUGUGAUCAGACGCUACAGAAACUCUCAGAGUGGUGGAGCUUGUGCCUUCUCUCUGACGGAUACCUUCCUCCUUCACCUGGCUAUUUCUGACCUCCUGCUGGCCUUCACUCUGCCCCUGUUUGCAGUGCAGUGGGCUCAUCACUGGGUGUUCGGCUUGGCUGUUUGCAAGAUCUCCGGUGCCCUUUUCUCCCUGAACCGCUACAGUGGCAUCCUGUUCCUGGCCUGCAUCAGCUUUGACCGAUACCUGGCCAUCGUUCACGCUGUCAGCUCAGGCUGGAAACGCAACACCUGCCAUGCCCAGUUUGCAUGUGCUGUUAUCUGGGUGGUCUGCCUGGGCCUGAGUGGAGUAGACAUUGCCUUCAAACAGGUAGAAGAGGUACACACUGUCGGCCACCGGGGGCCGCCCUUGUGCCAGAUGUGGUACACUGGUGACUCAACACAGUGGCAGGUGGGCCUGCAGUUGGUCAGUGUGAUUCUGGGGUUUGGGGUCCCCCUGCUGAUCAUGCUCUACUGCUACAUCCAGAUCUUCAGGUCUCUGUGUAAUGCCACUCGUCGUCAAAGGCGCAAGUCUCUUCGCCUCAUUAUCUCCUUAGUGUCUGUGUUUGUUAUCUGCUGGGCACCAUACAACUGCUUCCAGCUGGCAGACAGUCUGCAGAGGCUGGGUGUGGUGAGUGGAGGUUGCCACUUUGGCCGUGUGGUGGACAUCGGGACUCUGAUCACUGAAAGUGUAGGUCUGUCUCACUGCGCCCUGAACCCUCUGCUGUACGGCUUUGUGGGGGUGAAGUUCAGGAGGGAGCUGGCCAGAAUGUGCAAGGGACUGCUGGGACAGAGAGGCUUGCUUGGGAUGGAGGGUUGGAGGGAGAGGAGGCUGCGAAGAACCACACAAUCAUUCAGUUCUGCAGAAAGUGAAAACACCUCCUACUCUGUCAUGGUGUGAUAUCUGUUGGUGACGUGAAGGAAAAGGAAGACGUAGGUGGGGUGGACAUGAUAGAUAGCAGAAAGUGAACUGGAGUGGAGUGACGAGAAAAUAUACUGCAUGUCAGUAAAUUUUAUACUUUAAAUAAAAAAUAUUCUCAGAAGAAUAAUGUUUCUCCUGUUAUGCAUGUCUUAUAUUGUUGCUUUGAUCUCUAGUUGUUGGUUCAGAGAAUGCUGUGGUAAAAUCCUUAGGUGGAGGUGGAGCACAGAGUAGAACAGACGCCUACAUCCUGAUGGGGUAACAAAACAUUUCAUGACAACCUGUUAAUUUGUGUGUCCAUAUGUCAAAUCUUGUAAAACAUCCACAUUUCAUCAUACCAUCCAAUAAAAAAGCUUGUUCAGCACUAAAGAGGUAGACUGCUGCCUCAGCGCUCAGACUCAUAUCUCACAUCUGUAACUCAGUGUAUUUUUUGUGUCAAAUUUCUCUCUCAGAUUGUUUGCGAUAAAACAAGUUUCAGCUCAUAAAACGGUGUCAAUGACUCUGUUUAUCUUCUGUAUAAAGCUGUAUAUGUUGAAAUUCAUUUUAUAGUACUUUAUCCAUGAUGUAUAUAGAGCUGUGUGCUUCAACAUUGUCCACUGUGUUGCAAAAGAGGAAAUGAAUGACUCACUUUGAAUUUUGUAUGUGACAUUAAAAACCAACCUCUUGUUGAAGUUGAAAGAUUUUUAUAUCGAAUGUUUUUAAUAAAAACAAAGUCUCAUGUUCA